CGCGCGCGCGCGCGCGGGGAGGGGCGCGCAGGGCCACCGGCAGCACCGGGCGGCAGCGGCUGCGCAGGAGCCGAGCAGCGGCCGGGAGGGCGGAGGUCGCUGUGUCCGCUGCGGAGGAUGCCGCCGCCUUUAUCGUGAAGAAUGCGAGACCUAACGGCGCAGGUGACGAGCAGCCUGCUGCAGUUCCCAGAGGGGACUCUUCAGGCUCUCGGAGAGGAUGAGAUAACGCUAGAUUCUGUCCUGUGUGGCAAGUUUUCUGGAGGGAGAAGUGGCCUCGCAUGGCUGGCACGUGGUCCUCACCUUGAGAUAGUGAAUCUGGUGACAGGCGAGCGGCUCUCUGCGUACCGUUUCAGUGGAGUACAUGAACAGCCUCCCACUGUUCGCGUGGUAAAGGAGUUUUCCUGGCAGAAGAGAACUGGACUACUAGUUGGUUUGGAAGAAGCGGAGGGCAGUGUUCUCUGUCUGUACGACCUUGGGAUAUCAAGAGUAGUUAAAGCAGUUGUUCUCCCAGGAAGGGUGAUUGCUAUAGAACUCAUAACUAAUCAUGGAGGAGCCAGUGUGAACACUCGACAUCUACAUCAGAGUCUGCGAUGGUUCUUUGGCAUUGCAGCAGUGGCUACGGAUGUUGGUCAUCUGCUUCUGGUUGACCUUUGUUUGGAUGAUUUAUCUUGCAGCCAGAAUGAAAUAGAAGCAUCAGAUCUAGAAUUGGUCACUAGAUUUCCUGCUGAAGUUCCACAAAGAAGAGAAACUGCAACCAGAGGAGGGAGACAUCUCUCUUUUCAAUUACAAAACCCUUCAGGAAUACCAAUAUCAACACUGGGCUACAUAAGCAGAAGCAAUCAGCUGGUUGUGGGUUUUUCAGAUGGCUACAUGUCACUAUGGAAUAUGAAAACUUUGAAGAGGGAGCACCACUGUCAGCUUGAAGGAGGAAGGAUUCCAGUGUACGCUGUUACCUUUCAAGAGCCGGAGAAUGAUCCUCGCAAUUGUUGCUAUUUGUGGGCUGUUCAGUCUACCCAAGAAAGUGAAGGUGAUGUUGUGAGUUUACAUCUGUUGCAGUUAGCAUUUGGUGACCGAAAACGCUUGGCAUCGGGACAAGUCCUGUAUGAGGGACUGGAAUACUGUGAUGAAAGGUACAGUUUAGAUCUCACAGGUGGAAUCUUUCCCUUGAGAGGGCAGACAAGCAAUACUAAACUACUCAGCUGUCAGACAAUAGAAAAAUUUCGCAACCAUGUUGACAGAGAGGAUGGAGUUAAUGAAGUAGUAUCUCCUGACAUCAGUGUAUCAAUCUUCAGUUGGCAAGUGAACACAUAUGGUCAGGGAAAACCGUCUACUUAUUUGGGUGUGUUUGACAUUAAUUGCUGGUACCAUGCUCAAAUGCCAGAUUCACUGAGGCCAGAAGAAUUCCUUCAUGAUUGCCCCUAUUUUGCAUUGUGGUCGCUAGAUACUAUAACAAGCAUGGUUUCUCCAGACCCCAUUCUGGAUAUUCUGUUACAUGAGCGGAGUCUAAGUCGCGUUGCUCCUCCUUCUUAUCCACCAACUGAGCAGUUUUUUAAUGCAAGCAGCUAUAAUUUUGAUGGUACAUGCUUGCUGAGCUCUGGGGUUGUUCAUAUGACUUGCACUGGUUUCCAGAAGGAGACCUUGAAUUUUUUAAAGAGAUCUGGUCCUUCUAUAAGGGAAGCCAUUCAUGAUAGCUACAAUAGGUGUCUUGUAGCUGGCUUGCUGUCUCCAAGACUAGUUGAUGUACAGCCAUCCAGUUUGAGUCAGGAGGAGCAGUUAGAGGCUGUAUUGUCUGUAGCUGUCCAGACAGGUUCUUUAAAACUUCUGACAGGAAGCAUUAAACAUUGGACAUCUGAAGAGCAGCCAAGUUCUGCAGCUAAUUUACGGUUUGUUCUUCAGUGGACAUGGAACAAAGUGAUCUAUACGAAAGAUGAAUUUGACCGAAUAUGUGUUCCGCUGUUUGAUGGCUCAUGCAACUUCAUUGACCCACAAACAUUACAGUCUCUUCAGCACUGCCAGUGUCUUUUGAGCAACCUUAGCACAGUCUUAAACUGUUUUCUAACAGAAGCACAAGAGCUUACUGAUAAAGGUUUUACAGACUUAACAAAUAAGCAGGUGGUAGCUAGCCUUCUUUCUUUGUAUGCUCAAGUGGUCAUCUGGUUCUGUCGAUCCAGUCUCCUUCCGGAGGGUUUAGAUGAGGAUAUGCACUUAUCUAGACCUUUCUACAAUUAUCCUCUGAUUCAGAGCUACUAUACUGGUCAGCGACAGAAACUUGAGCGUUUAUCAGGAGGCAAAUGGGAUUCUGACUGCUUAAUGAUUGAUGGAAUGGUUUCCCAGUUAGGAGACCAAGUUGCAAAGUUGUGGCAGAGAGAGGAAGGAGGAACUGGGAAAUAUCCCCCUCCCAGUUUACAUGCACUGCUGGAUCUCUAUUUGCUAGAAAGCAUUGAAGAAAGCUACAAACAUGCUAUUACAAUUUACUUGCUGCUAGAUAUCAUGCAUUCCUUGCCGAAUAAAACAGAAACUUCAAUUGACUCCUUCCCAACUGCCUUUGCUAUUCCUUGGGGUCUUGUUAAGCUUAUUCAAGGCUUCUGGCUUCUAGAUCACAAUGAUUAUGAAAAUUCACUGGCCCUGAUCUUUCAUCCCGCUACAAUCAAAACUGUGUCAUGGCUACAUAUGAGAAUCAUUCAGUCUCUCAUGUGUCAAGGAGAACAUAAGCGAGCCCUCAGAUACAUACAGAUGAUGAAGCCGUCAAUGUCAGGCAGUAGUGAAGUGCAGCUUUGCCUCACUGUGUUGUUAUCCAAUAGGUGCGUGGUGGAGGCCUGGGCUCUCUUGCAGCAACAUACCACAAAGUUAAACAGAGAAGACCUCUUAAAACACAUGUACAAAAGCUGCCAGGAGAUGGGACUCAUGGAAGACUUACUGAAGCUUCCUUUCACCAACACUGAAGUAGAAUGUUUGGAGAAGUUUUUACAGACAAGGCCUGGUGUUCAGAACCAUGAAUUUCUUUUAGUCCACCAUCUGCAGCGUGCCAACUAUAUCCCAGCACUACAAUUGAAUCAGUCAAUGAAGGUUAAUCUUACGAAUGAUCGCGAUCCUCGCUUGAAAGAGAGAGCAGUUGCCAGAAAUUCUAUAUUGGACCACUAUGGCAAAAUCCUUCCAAAAGUUCAGAGGAAGCUGGCUAUGGAGAGAGCCAAGCCUUACCCUUUGCUUUCAUCGGUAUUUAAAGAAGUCUCAAGACCAAAGCCAUUGUCAACAGUAAUAAAACAUGCUAAUGCAGGGAAAGUGCACACAAGAGCAACUUUCAUCAGUAAUGUGUUGUCCAAAAUUGGGGAAGUGUGGGUAGGAAAUGAGCCGAGAACCAGUUUCUCACAAUGUGAUAGUCCUAGAGCUACAAAACUACCAGACACAGAACAGCCUCUCCCUGAUACAGAGCUGCGUGAUGCUUUUGUUGGGACACCAGUUACAAAAUUUUCACGAAAAUGUUCCAGAUUACUGGAUUUGGUGGUUCGUCCUGUCCCUUCAUGUUCUGCAACACAAAGUGGUAGCUGGCAGUCACCAUAUAGAGCGUCUGCUUCUUUCAUGUCAUCCAGCCCACUGAAAUCAAAUAUGCGUGGUUCCAUCUCAGAAAAGAAUUUUUCAGGACCAUCGGAGCUGAAUUUACUAGAGACUCCUCCUGUGGUUAAGAGAGCUAAAGUUUUGGUCACGUCUGCUGCUGGUUUUCCUGGCUUUACUCCUCAGUCUAUUCUCAGAUCCAGCCUUCGCACCACACCUCUGGCAACUCCCUCUGCAUCUCCAGGACGAUCAGUUACUCCUCCUCUACGAGCAAAGGAACCUAGAAUAUCUUUCAGGGAAGAGAACUCUAAUGCAAAAUGGACUGUUGGGCUAACAGACGAUUAUGAAGCGCUGCCUGGAGUUUCAUCUGAGUAUCAUCGUGGUUUGGUGCAGGAUACUUGGUCUGAAAAUAGAGAUAAACCAGCUCUGUUUACUCUGAGCAAUCUUGAGGAUGGUCGUGCUGAAAUGGAGGAGUCUUCUGAAAGCAUACCUGGAGAUGGAUUGGAGAAAAUGGAUGUCAGCAAAGAAAACAGUAACUUCUCUGCCAGAUCAGACCAGACUACCUUGGAGUACCAGGAUGCAAAAUCACCUGGUGAUUUUGAAGAUGAUGUCAUCUUUAUAGCUGCUAAACCAGCUAAUUCUUCUGCUGAAGAAAGUUUUGAUUUUCAAAAAUCGCAGAUGGAAGAAAACAACGAAAUAGUUGAAGAUAAACCUUUCCAGAUGGAACAACCAGAUUCAUUGGAACUAAGAAAAGAAGCUGGAUUUGUGGAAGAAUCAAAUACUGAAAAUUCCAAGGGUGAUAGGUUGGUGUUUAAAGCUGCUGAGACUGCUGCCUUUGUAACUGCAAGUGAAAGUGAAGCAAACCACCAGGAGUCCACAACGUCUUCUUCACCAGAAGAAAAAGCCAUACCAGUUGCAACAAAUCAACAGCUUUCUGAAUCUCCAGAGGCAGACAGCGAAUCUGUGAAAAGUAUCCUUGACAGUGAGGAAGUGGUCAGUACUUAUUCAGAAAAUCGGCUUGAGGGGAAGCAUGUGGAUUUACCUAAAAAACAUAACAUAGAAGCAGCUGAAGUUGAAGAAAAUGUUCCUUCUGUGCAGAAAGAAGUAACCGUUUCUAACAAUCUUCCUAAAACUGAGGAGAUUAAUGUCAUUGAAGAUAAUGCAGAUAAGGCACAAGCCUCAGAAGAAGCGCUUGAAAGGUCACGGUAUAGUGAACUACAUCCACGAGGCGAUCUUCAGUACAGCUAUGACACUAUAGAGCAACGGUUUGCAUGUGAUUUACCCAAUAAUAAAGAUGGUGAAUGUGAUGCAGCUGAGGGAGACGGAGAGCUUUAUAUAUGUCAGAGUAAUUUUACUUUAGUGCUGGAAGGAGAAGAAGGUGAAGCAGAGGUGGGAGAUCCUACACUAGUAGAUGCUUCUAAACCAGCUGGCAUAACAACAGAAGAAAAACCUAUUAGCAAUUUAGGAAAUACUGAGACUCAAGAACAUGUUACAAACUCAGUGUCCACUGUAACUAGUGAUCAGGAAUCUCAAAAUAUUGCAGGGUCACUCCCAUACGUGCCUGAACCUAUUAAGGUAGCUCUUGCUGAGAACUUACUGGAUGUAAUCAAAGACACAAGAAGUAAAGAAUUUACAUCUGAAGUUGUAGAACAGUCACUUCAUGAAAGUGUAGGUAAAAAGAUUACUAGAUUCCAGAAGGCAAAUGCUCCAUUAGCAACUGUGUCAGGAGUGGAAGAUGGAAGCAGCAGACUUGCUCAAGCAGAGCAUGUCAUCACUCCUAGAGCACGCACAAGAGGACAACUGAGUAGAAGUCUUUCAUCGUCAGGUGAUCAGCAAUUGCUGAAGAGAGACAACCCGGUUCUGUUUGGAUUGUCUCCUAGGAGAAGUACUAGGCGAACAAAAGAGGCAUCUGAGUCUUCUCAUCUUCAAACAGCAGAAAAUGCUCAAGAUGAGCAAAUACCUGUGACGCCUGUUACUGCAAGGAGAGGUAGGAAGCCUAAACUGGCUAAUUUAGUAAAAGUAGAAAGCAGCCAUUCUGAUGGAGAAGGAUUGUCCAUCAGUACAAAGUCCAUAGCUGUUACUCCAAGAAGAGGAUUAAGGAAAGCAAAGGAAACUCCAUCUGCACUCUUGGAGGAUUCUAAUGAGGAAACAGCUCUUGCUGAAUCUAGCAUUAUUGCUUCUGCUAGUUCCAAAAGGACUAGAGGAAAAAGUUCAGUGGGAGAUCAAGACACUGGCCAGAGUUACACUACUCCUAAGACAAAACUGGCAGUCAGUCCCAGCAGAAGAGGAAGAAAAUCUAAACCCAUGAAUUUAGACUUCACUGAAAAUCUUGUGAAGGAUGAAGAGGUGCAGCCUAGUGACCAAAUCCUUUCACCUGUGUCAACUAAAAGAGGGAGAAGAAGAAAGAUGAGUUCUUCACAAGUUCCAGAAAAUUCUGACCUCGAUCUGUCUAAAUCAUUGCUUCCUCAACCAGAAUUUAACCUUCCUGUCACUCCUAGAAGAAGUGCUAGGAAAGGGGCACAAAAUCUCUUGGCAGACACAAUAUCUGUCUCUACUCAGGAAGAUGUACAUUCAGGUGGGAAAGUGGAAAUCCUUGACACUCCUAAGAGAAGAACAAGAAGAGUUCCACAUGCUACACCAGAAAAAGUGACUACUCAUGAGCAAACAGCGGCACAGCCAACUGAGGAAUCAACCCCGCCCAGAACAGCACGGAGAGGUCGUCCGGGCAGAAAAAGGCUGUCACCAUUGGAGGAGAGCACAGAGGGAGAGGCCUUCUCUAAAGGACCUGGUGGAAGUCCUUUGCUACUUGAAGACAUAAAGCCAUCAGGGUAUGAUGAAACAUCAAGAACUUUAACAGAUCGUGUUACAAGAACCAGAUCCCGCAAAACUGCCAGACAUCAGCAACUGUUUGUUGAGGAAAGUGAGCCCUUCCUUUUCUCUACACCUCUUACAAAGAAAUUCAAAGCUGGAAAAGCAGAUCAUCCUGUGCAGCUUCAGGAUUUAGACCCGGACUUGUCUUCUCAAUUUGUCUUUUCACCCCCGCUUUUGAGAUCAAGGAGAAAAAAUGUAUCUAGCAUUUCCCAAAUUGUGAAAGAACCAGAGCUUCCAACUGAAGAGGGACAAGACACCAUAUCCUUAGAGUCUGUGGGAAAGCAACAAUUGAAAAGAGGUAGAACCACAACAUCAAAAACGAAGCGAACAAGCAAAACCACCAGAAAAGAAGGUUCUUGGUCACCUCCACCAGUGGAAAUAAAAUUAAUCUCUCCAUUAGGAAUUCCAGUGGAUGGAACAAAAAACAAACAGAAAGAAGCAGCAGACACAGCAGACAAGACACUACGAAAGAAUGAAAAAAGACUGUCUAAUUUUCCAAAGCCAGUUGUGCGCCGGAAGAUGCUGUAAUUGUUUUUAAAGUUUAUAAUGUACACCACUGUUUGUAAAGUCAUCAAAGUUGUGUGGGUUAGUAAAAAGAAAAAAAAAUCAUCUGAUCUGGAAGAGAUAAUUUAUAUAAAUUAUUGUAAAAUUUCAUAAACAAAUGGUCUUCGGUAAGUAACUCCAUAUGGAGUGUGAUUUCCUCAGUCAAUGCAGUUUUCUAUUUUAUAUUAAGACUUCAUACAUUUCUAUAAUAUGUAAAUACAGCUUAUUUUAGGAAUGUUAAAUAAAAAUGUAUACUUCACAAUAUGCUUACUGUCUAAUAGCUUUUUGAGGGGGUAGUGGGUUGAUUGGCCUGUAUCACUCAGAAAUUUUAAUGUUGGUUUGCAAGAGUUACUGACCCUCAAUAGUGCAUCCAAAAACUUUUUAAGCUUUUUAAAAGUUUGCUUAGAAUUCCUAUAACAAAUAAACAUUUAAAAUGUACUCGUUCAAAUUUUAUAAAUGAUGUUUGACCUUCUGGCACAAAUAAUUGGUCUCAAUACAAAGUAGUGUUUCCUUACGUUGACAGUUAAGUUAUACUGUAUUGAAGUCAACAAUUGUAUCUUAAGUUGUGCAAUACUUUUUUUAUUUGUCUUAAACUUUGGGAAAGCUGCUUUUUAGUUCAUGAAACUAGAUCACACCUCGAAUGUUUCAGUAUUUCUUAUAAUUUGUUGUCAGCGAAAAAUAAGUGCAUAGAGGUUGUGGUGCAUACAAUAGCAUAUCAAAUUUAAAGGGACGUUACGUACAUACUUUGAAAUUUGAGCCAAGAUUAUUUUCAUGAGGUUAAUAAGACUGCUACUGCAAUUGAAAUAAUUGUCUGUAGACAUAUUUUGCAGUAUUUGAAGCCUGCAUAUCACAGCACUGAAAACCUGAUGGUAAAGCGAACAUAAUAGUCUGAAAAAGGUACAAAAAAUGUACAGAAAUCUUAGUUACAAACCGUAUUUUUGAGUAAUUAUUUCAUUAGUAAUCUUGGGUUGUGGAGUAAAUGUCCCUGUAAAGCUUCAGUUUGUAAAAAUAAAUUCAAAAAGUUAUUCUUUUAAAAGCAGAUAUGGAAGUACUAUUUUGAUGUGCAGUCUUUUGGACAAUGGAUUAUUUUUAUGUAUGUUAAUUUAUAUAUGGAUGCAACUUUGAAAACCAGAGAAUGGUGGAGCCUGACAUUAAACUUUCAAAUUAGUAAAAACUACUGCAGUUAUUCUAAGAAAUAAUUAUUGGUUAACUAAUACCUUGUAUCUAAUGGAUGAAUGUAUUAAUGACAGACGAAGCUUGUAAAAGAAGUUCCUUCUGGGGCCAUGAUUUUUCUAUUUCAGAACAGUUCACUAAAAAAGCAGUUGCAUUCACUUGGAUAUUUUUCUCAUGGGGAGUACUCAUGACUGAAUGAAAGUUUUAAAAAACAAAGCCAAAUGUUGGCAGUGUGUGAAAGUGGCACCUUUCAGUCAGGUUAGUAAUUAUUUACGCUGAAUGUUUUGUACUUGAACUACAAUAUAAAUAUGGUUAAAGAAGAAAGGAGGAGCAAGUUCUAGCAAUUUUUU